UUCAGUGUGAAGAAAGCAUUCACAGUGUGUUUGAACACACAGUUCAGAAAACAAGAAAUGUAUGAUACCAUAGCCAUCUGUUACAGGUUCCUAUAAAUAAUAACAUGUUAAAAUUUAGCUGCUGCUUACAUUUGUAUUCAUUUAUUAAGUCCAAGUACAGUGCUGUCUGUCACUAUGAAACAUGCGCUAAUGAAUAAAGUUGUUAAGAAUGACGCAGUCUGUGAAAACACGGUGAAGAGGCGCUGAAACUCCAGAUCCUGAGGGUUCACGGGGUUCACUUGCAUAAACCUGGUAAUACCCGGGAAGUGACAUUUUUCAUUGUACAGCCUUGUUGCCACAGACCAAGGUGGGUCAUAAUCUGAAUUGAGAUGCUGGACUCCAGCGACAGCUCCUUGUCUCUGGACAAUCUGUUUUUUGAGAAGCCCAUUGUGCACAAAGUAAAGCCACUACACCAGGUGGCAAGUCCAUGGCACUUGGAACUUCUGCCAUCCCUUUCUCAGAUUCCAGCCACUCAGUAUAUGCAGGAGGAGGCAGAAUCACUCUAUACCCUACCCAGUUUCUCACAUAAACAUGUUUCUGCUACACUGUCCCUGCCUCGCUUUAAAGUAUCCGCUGGCCUCAAAGUCCCAUCUAAUUCUAACCAUGACAAGAAAGAGAUUGAAGAGACUCAGAUUGCCAAGAGCAGGAGCAGCAUCAGCACAUGUGAUGGCCUUUGGGGAGGUGAAGGGUUCAGGGAUUACUCUGCGGGUGCCAUUCAGAGUGGCAGAGGUGGAGAUGAAUCCCUGCAGGACUCUGGUCAUGUGGGUAUCAGAAGAAGGUGUUUGGCUCUGGAGAGCAGUAAAGACCCACCUUUACGGAAGAGCCUGUUCAAGGUUCAGGGUCUGAACAGUGAAGGUGACUCGUCAAACAGAGACACCCUCAGUAGAAGCAGCGGUGGUGGCAGCAAGACAGCGUCCAGACCUCAAACUUUUCUCACUCAGGUUACCAUGGUGACAGUGCCUCCUCCUCUUCAGCUGCCAUGGACGACAGUUUGCCAGGCAGAUCUUCCUCUCCCUCCAAAGCCCCCCUUUACACCCCCUCCUUUAGGCUCAUUUGCAGCGAGUAGCCAACCCCCACAGCAGGCGACACACUCAGAGAUGCCGGACAAGGGCACAAAGAGAGCCUUCGUCCCGCCUAUGACUCCUCAGCCACUCUGCAUACAAGGUUCUUCUGGGUGUGAAGUUUUGCGACCUGUUUCUGAAAUCCCAUCUAAGUUCAGAUCAGUCUUCAACGAGUUCCCAUUUUUCAACUACGUUCAGUCCAAAGCGCUCGAUGACGUUCUUUACACAGAUAAGAACUUUGUGGCAUGUGCUCCUACUGGAUCUGGUAAAACAGUGCUGUUUGAGUUGGCCAUCAUUCGCAUGCUAAUGGAGACAGCUGAGCCCUGGAGAGAUGUCAAAGCUGUGUAUAUUGCACCUAUCAAAGCUCUGUGCAGCCAGUGCUUUGAGAACUGGACAAAGAAAUUUGGUCCUCUGGGGCUGACCUGUAAGGAGCUCACGGGAGACACAGAGAUCGACAACUUCUUUGAGAUUCAGGACUCGCACAUCAUCCUGACCACACCUGAAAAAUGGGAUAGCAUGACCAGAAAGUGGAAAGACAACUGUCUGCUGCAGCUGGUCAGACUCUUCCUUAUUGAUGAGGUGCAUGUGGUGAAAGAUGCAACUCGUGGUGCCACCUUGGAAGUUGUGGUCAGCAGAAUGAAGGCAGUACACACUUACAGAACAAUACAGAAUCCAGACGCAGGCCUCUCUAUGAGAUUUGUGGCUGUAUCAGCCACCGUACCCAACAUCUCUGAUAUAGCAGACUGGCUUUCUAAUGAGAGCGGUCCAGCCACAUAUCUGGAAAUGGAUGAGAGCCAUCGCCCAGUGAAGCUGAGAAAGGUGGUGCUGGGAUUCCCCUGCAACCCAAACCAAACUGAGUUCAAGUUUGAUCUGUCACUCAACUACAAGAUGGCCAACAUCAUACAGACUUACUCUGACCAGAAGCCAGCUUUAGUGUUUUGUUCUACCAGGAAAGGAGUCCAGCAGUCAGCUGCAGUUCUGGCCAAGGAUGCACGUUUCAUCAUGAACAUUGAACACAAGCAAAGGUUAUUAAAAUAUGCAAACUCUACUCUGGAUUCCAAACUUAGAGAUCUGGUGAUGUUAGGCGUUGGUUACCACCAUGCAGGAGUUGCUUUGUCCGAUAGGAAGCUGAUAGAAGAGGCUUUCACUCUGGGAGACCUUCCUGUUCUCUUUACCACCAGGACUCUGGCCAUGGGGGUGAACCUUCCAGCUCAUCUGGUGGUGAUCAAGUCCACGAUGCAGUAUGUUGCAGGCUCCUGUGAGGAGUACAGUGACGCGGAUUUGCUGCAGAUGAUAGGCCGAGCUGGAAGACCACAGUUUGACACAUCAGCAACUGCAGUGAUCAUGACCAAAGUUCAAACCAGAGACAAGUAUAUGAAACUUAUGAAUGGAAUGGAAAUCAUUGAGAGCAGUCUACAUGGUCACCUGGUGGAGCACCUUAAUGCCGAGAUUGUUCUCCAAACCAUCAGUGAUGUCAACAUGGCUCUUGACUGGAUUCGCUCCACCUUCUUGUACAUCAGAGCCCUCAAGAACCCUGCACAUUAUGGGUUCUCUGCCAACUCAGACAGACAUGGAAUUGAAGCAAAAUUACAAGAUCUGUGUCUAAGGAACCUCAACUCUCUGUCGUCCAUUGGUCUGAUCAACAUGGAUGAAGAUAUUAACAUCAAACCAACAGAGGCCGGGAGGUUGAUGGCUAGGUACUGUGUUGCCUUUGACACUAUGAAACAGUUCUGCAAUGUAGCUGGCUCUGAGAACCUGUCUGACUUGAUUGAGCUGGUGUCCAAGAGCAGAGAGUUCAGUGACAUCCAGUUGAGAGUGACUGAGAAAAAGCCCUUGAAUACUUUGAACAGGGACAAGAACAGGACCACCAUCAGGUUUCCCAUUGAAGGAAAGAUCAAAACCAGUGAGAUGAAAGUGAACUGCUUGAUUCAGGCUCAGCUGGGUUCCAUCUCUAUUCAAGAGUUUGGACUUACACAGGACGCAGCAAAGAUCUUCAGGAAUGGUUUGCGCAUCAGCAAAUGUCUGUCAGAGUUUCUGAGUAAGAAAUCCAACACAGGUUUCUCUGCUCUGCUCAACUCCCUGAUCCUGGCUAAGAGCUUUAGAGCAAAGUUGUGGGAAAACUCACCAUACGUUUCCAAACAGCUGGAAAAGAUAGGCCAGACUCUGUCAACAGCCAUGGUAAAUGCUGGACUCACAACUUUCAGCAAAAUAGAGCAAACAAAUGCCAGGGAUCUGGAGCUGAUUGUCAACAGACAUCCACCCUUUGGCAACCAAAUAAAAGAAUCUGUCAUUCAUCUCCCAAAGUAUGAAGUUACAUUGGAGCAGCUUCCAAGGUACAGUUGUGCUACAGCAGAGAUUGUGGUGAAGGUGAACCUCAAAAACCAAGCACAGCUGCUCUCCAGAAGAACAGCUCCAGACCACCACUACGUCUCACUGAUCAUUGGAGACUCUGACAACAAUUUGGUCUUCCUACAGAAACUCACGGACUUGGUGCUGAUGAAGUGUGGCACAUGGUCAAAGAAAAUUGAAGUGGCAAAGGCCCCAAAAGGAGAGGAAAUCAGUGUCAAUCUCAUCAGUUCAGAAUAUGUGGGCUUGGACAUCCAGCAAAAGUUCAAUGUAUACUACUCUGGAGCCAGGAGGUUUGGUGCUGAUAAUCCCUACAAUGUACCACAUGAUCGCGCUGGACAGAGUCGGCAGCAGUCUGUACUGAAUCCACCGUCCACAGAACAGGCAACACCUCAGUGGGAAAAUGCCACUUCUGUGACAGACCAAGAUUCAGACAACAAAAGACAAUGCAACCACUUCUGCAAGAAUAAGGAUCUCUGUGGCCACGACUGCUGUAAAGUCGGAGUAACCGUGACAAAGAAGAGGUCAGCAAAUCAAGAGUCUAGUUUCUCUUCCUAUUUAAGAGAUCUUAGGAGCAGAUGUGACACACUGGCACAGACUCCUGUCAAAAGACUCAAGAUGAAAAUGAAUGAGGAGUCUUUGUCUGCCAACAUGCAUGGGUUUGCAUACAAACCCAAAGACAGGCUUACUACUGUUUCCAGGUUUGGGACCAAUCACUAUGGGGCUUCAGUGAGACUGCACUCGGACACUGUGGCUCUAACAGGACAAGACUGCAACCAACCAGCAGACGAUGUUCAUCUGGACAAUUCUGUCAGUGAUUAUAACAACUAUUCUGGGGACAUGUACGAUGCAAUGGAAAAAGUGACCCCAACUCCUGCUGCAUCUCGUGCUCACCAUCAAAGUUCCUUUGUCUGGAAGAAGCCUGGAAUGAGUGGUUGGAGUCAGAAUCCUGAACAGCAUCGAAGCCAGAUCAAUACAAGCAGCUCCAGUUACUCUAAGUGGUCCUCUGCAGUAACAAACCAGAUCAAUCACCUUGACACUGAUUCAUUCUCACAACUACCGACAGUCAGCUUUGACCUGGGUAAUGACUGGGAUGACUGGGGCGACUUUGAUGAUGAGAACUUGGUCAAUGCUAGCAAGACAUCGUUUGACACAUGCCUGAAAAAUCCUGAACCUCCAAUCCAGAAGUCUGUUGAGAACAACAUUCAAGGCUUUGCCGCUGCAGCAACACCACAUUUCCUCACCUCCUCACAAGUCAAACCCUCUAUAACCUCUGCCAGGACACCACUGAAGGGGAUUUCCUCCUUGGUCACAGUCGGACCACAGGAUAAAGUCACACCUGACUGUAAUAAAAAGAGACCUAGCAUCUUCAGUGAAGAGCUCACAUUAAAAACACCAGAAACUUCCCCACCGAAGUGCACGGCCCCAGCAAUCAGAGGGUUUGAUUUCUUCUCAACAAUGAGAGUCUCAGCCAAUACCAGCUCACAUGUCAGCAGAAGCAUCAAUGGCAAAGAGGAGGAGGCGUUCCUGGGGAUAUUUGAUGGGUUACUUUAGAAGAUGUGCCCAUCUUACACUGAUAUGAAUUCAUUGUUUUCUCUGUUUGUGCUUAUAGUUCUAUAAACUGUGAGCUUUACGCCAACAGUCAUAGGAGCUGUUUUAAAGCUGUGUUGCUAUAAAUUAACACUAUAAACAAAACAAGUUGGUUCUUGGUUGUACUUGUUCUUAAUGUAACUGAUUUAUUUAAGUACUUGUUUAAUAAAAUAUAUUCAUUGGGAGUUACAGUGCUGUCAAAGCUAAAUUUAUUGUCAGUGUAUUCUAAAGAAAGGAACUUUAAUCACUAAAGGAUUAUUUUAUGAGUCAUAUUCUUUUUGUGCUGUAAAUUCAUGAGUUGAUUGAUGUCAAAGAACAAAUUUAAUUCACUGUGGAAUCUAGGUUUGCUUUUAAAAUAGGAUGAGGAAAGGAGACUCAGCAAGGUAAAAAUCAAAGACACCAACUGCUGUUUAACAUAAACAACAACUUAGAUUUUUGGAUAUAAAAAUUUAAGUUAUUAAAAUUAUAGAAAUAGCAAAGGCUAUGCACAGAAACACAGCAGUGCUAUUACCUUACACAGUCCAAAUGUUCCCUUAGUGACAACUGACCGGAAGUUCAGGUGAUGGCUUAUAUUUUGUCAGAUGUUGUGCAUUAACUUUUCAGAUUGUAAUAAUUUUAUGUUUGUAUUAUUGAAUCUUACUUUAGUUCCUCGUGGUCUGCUU